AUGGUGAUGCAAGAUGUGAGACUCCGUGGGUGUCUGUUCCACUACACCCAGGCAGUGUGGAGGAGGGUCCAAGAAAUAGGACUGACGCUUGUGGGUUACAUGAGGACCCAAUGGAUCUACAAGAGAACAUGUCCCCCUUCAAGCCUAUCUUGCUUCCGACAGACAACAAGAACAAACAAUCACAUCGAAGGGUGGCACCGGCGCCUAAAUGCAAAAGUCGGAGAGCAACAGCUGGGACUAUACCGUCUUAUCAAAGCCCUACAUCGGGAGGCGUGUCCCUGCUCCCUAUCAAGAUCCUCCUGCUGA